AUGCUCUAUCUUUUAAUACAAGUUAACGAAAAUAUCAAGUGUAUCAUUUCUGAACGUAUAGUAAGUAUAGAAUCUACAACUAAUAAGUUUUGUGACCUUUUUGAUGCUGUUACAGUAGAGCAAUACGAUGAUAGAGAGGUGCAAGUCUUUGUUAGAAGAGAAAAGUCUGAAAGUUACUUCAAUUCAAAGCAAACCAAAUUCUUUUAG